AUGGCGGCCGUUCAACAGCAGCAAGCGAUGCAGAAGAACACGUUGUAUGUAGGAGGUUUAGCUGAUGAAGUAAACGAAUCGAUCCUCCACGCCGCGUUUAUACCUUUCGGCGACAUCAAGGACGUGAAGACGCCGUUGGACCAGGCUAAUCAGAAGCACAGAUCCUUCGGAUUCGUCACUUUUCUAGAGAGAGAGGACGCUUCCGCCGCCAUGGAUAACAUGGACGGUGCCGAGCUAUAUGGCCGCGUUCUCACCGUCAAUUACGCCCUCCCGGAGAAAAUCAAGGGUGGAGAGCAGGGUUGGGCCGCGCAGCCACGUACGUUCCGAUUCCUCCUUCUCUUAUUGUUUGAUUUUGCUCUAGUUUGGGCAGACGCAGACACAUGGUUUGAGCGGCAGCAACAAGAAAAGGAAAUGCUGAAGAUCCAAGCCGAGAACAAGGCUGCGGUGGAGACUGCCGACGAACUCAACAGGAAGAAAUUGGCCCAAGACCGACAAGGCGAGGUGGAAGAAGAUACCGACAUCAAAGACGAUCCAAUGGCUAGAGCAGAGGCUGAUGCUCUAAGCCACGACAACGCUCAAUGA